AUGAAGUCUUUUCUUCCUUGUCAGUCUCAUCGUUGUUGUGUAAAGCCUUCUUCUUUUUCUUCGGGAUUGUUCCAAUGUGCAGGCUUGAUGAAUGGAAAAUUAACCUCCUCGUUGAAGAUUGUAUUUCCGUCAAAUGAAAAAUGGACAAGUAGCCAUCAAAUGGCAAUGAGAGAAUAUUCGUCUGAUUCUCGGAAAGUUAUCGGCAAUACGAAUGUAGGGAAUGUUUCAAAUGCUAUCCAUAGGAAUAUUUCUUCUCAAAAUUUUCACAUCAAUUUACGAGUGAAUGAGUCGGCUCAUGACUCUUCUGGAGCAUCAUUUGAAAGUUUAAUUGACCAAGUGAAAAGUAUCAUUCCUCAAAAUGCUCGGGAGCUUAAAUAUGAACCAUCAAAAGAGAAGCAAGAUUAUAUUUAUUCUAUUGUUCAAAAGAUUCAAUCUUUGAUUAACGAAAAAAGAAAUUUGUCAAGUGAAAUAGAAUGGAAUAACAAGCUGAAAGAGUUAAACCUUGCUAAUUGGGAAAAAGAGCUGUACGGAUUGAAACUUGAAAAUACUAUUGAUAUUUUGUUAGCCAUAUUUUACUAUCAUCAGUUUGGUGGAAAUUUAAGAAACAAACCACUCUACAAUAACAUUUUUUCUAGCAUUGAUCAUGCAAUUCAAACGAAUGGACAAGAUACUUGCCCCUUGUUAUAUCACUUGAAAGGAAUGUUCCUACAAAAAUACGCAAGAGAUAUCUCACUUCCAACAUUUAAACAGGACGAAGCAAUGCAGAAGUGUAAAGAAGGCAUACAAUGUUUUGAAAACGCACUCAACAUUUAUGAAAAAAAAGGAAUUACCAAUAAGGAUAUACCUCAUAGCGAAAACGAUUUGCUUCAUUACUAUACCAUUCACAGUGAUGUUGCAAUUUUAAAUUUAUGGCUUUCUAACAUGUACAAAUCAUUGGCAUAUGUGAAACCAAACAUCCCUCAAGAAUUGGGUGACCUUAGUGAAGUGGAGAAGGAAUUCCGAAAAAUGAUGGGCCAACAAAUGUCGCAACAAGCCAUUCAGGAGUUUGUGGAAAGCAAAAUGAACAGAGUAACGAACACCCCUCCAGUUACAGUAGCUGACAUGGAAAAGGCCUAUUUAACAACAGGAGAAAAGGCGCUCCAGCAUUUUAGAAAAUCUUUCGAGUAUGUGAAAGAAGCAAAGGCUGUUUUUGCAUAUGCAGGAGCCUUAUUCCUGAUGGAAAACCCUGUCGAAGCUGCGGAGGGAUAUGCCAUGCUGCUCGAGAAUGACAAAAAGCUCUAUAAUGAGCUGAAAGAAGAAGCUCUUCAAAAAGAAGCUAUUUGCAAUUAUGCGUUAUGCCUGUUUCAUUUAGAGAAUUUUAACAAAGCGAUUGAGGUAUUGCAAGAUGCUGUUUCUCACCAAUUUGCAAACGAAGCCCCACUGCAGGUGCUCCUUCUUCACCUUAAGGUACAACAAGAUCCUCAACAAAUCUCUGCCGAGAACUUCCCUAAAAUACUUGAGCAAAUGAAGCAGUAUUUCUAUGCACUUGAACAAUUAGAACGCGAGAUUCUGAGGGGAGACAUGAAAAAACCUGGUUACGACCCCAAGCACAUUCAAUUUUUUAAGCAAAUAUGCACCAUUUACUUGUCAAAUAAUAAUAAAUAA